AUGUUGAAUUUGAGGAUUAAUCGGCUUCUUCGUAAACCCUCCUUAAUCCGAUUUUCAGCUUUUCCAAUUUCUAAUGGCGAAGCUGAUCCAUCUUUCUCGACAUCCUCGUCGGAAAAUCCUGGCUUCAAUCAUGGCCCGGAGAAAGAAGGAGUUUCUUCUGAAGAAGAUGACCAGUUAUUGAAAAAAUUCAAUCAACUGGGUUUCGGAAAAUCACCGGCUUUGAAUACUACGAGCGUUAGUGAAGCUGAAGAUGGAGAAAUUCGAAACCCUAGGUUCAAUAGGUUUGACGAGAUAGACGAAUUGGGAGAAGAAGAUGACGACGACGAUGGCGAUGACGAUGACGAUGACGGAAAUGGAAGAAGCGACGACGAGCGGGACGAUGAUUUUGCAGUUCUGGAAUCGUUUGGGAAAAUCCCACCACAAUCGAGAGAGGACGUUAGUAGAUUCGAUGUGGAAGAAGACGAAUCUAGGCAUCCACUGGUGAGAGAGAUAACUAGAUUGAUUGGCCUCAGGUCAUCUUGGAACCCAAAGCAUGAAGGCCAGAUGAGGAAUCUUCUAAGGAGCCUUAAACCAUCACAAGUCUGCGCCGUUUUACGCUCACAAGACGACGAACGUGUUGCUCUAAAGUUCUUCUACUGGGCGGAUCGUCAAUGGCGGUAUCGCCAUGACCCUGUGGUGUACUACUCGAUGCUCGAGGUUCUUAGUAAGACUAAGCUGUGUCAAGGCGCUAGAAGAGUCCUCCUUCUGAUGAAGCGUAGAGGUAUACACCGAACUCCUAAAGCGUUUUCGCUUGUGAUGGUAUCGUAUAGUAGGGCAGGUCAGCUGAGAGACUCGUUGAAGGUGUUGAAUAUAAUGCAGAGAGCUGGUGUUGAACCUAACUUGUUGAUUUGCAAUACAGCUAUUGACGUUUUCGUGAGAGCGAAUAGGUUGGAGAAGGCUUUACUGUUUGUAGAACGUAUGCAGGUUGUUGGUAUAACGCCAGAUGUGGUGACUUAUAACUGUAUGAUCAGAGGGUAUUGUGACUUGCAACGAGUGGAGGAAGCAAUUGAGAUGCUAGAGGAAAUAGCUCGUAAAGGAUGUUUGCCGGAUAAAGUUAGUUACUAUACUAUAAUGGGGUUUCUUUGUAAAGAGAACCGGGUUGUGGAAGUGAGGAGCUUGAUGAAGAAAAUGGCGGAAGAGCAUGGUUUGGUGCCGGAUCAGCUCACUUACAACACUCUGAUUCAUAUGCUCACAAAGCAUGGUCAUGCCGAUGAGGCUCUUUGGUUUCUGAAGGAUGCUGAAGAGAAAGGCUUUCGGAUUGAUAAGGUUGGUUAUAGUGCGGUUGUUCAUGCACUGUGCAAAGAAGGAAGAAUGUCUGAGGCAAAAGAUCUCAUUAACGAAAUGCUGUCAAAGGGGCAUUGCCCUCCAGAUGUGGUAACUUACACUGCUGUUGUCAAUGGCUUCUGCCGUUUGGGUGAGGUGGAUAAAGCCAAGAAGCUGCUUCAGGUUAUGCACACACAUGGGUAUAAACCAAAUACUGUGUCCUACACAGCUCUGUUGAAUGGGAUGUGCCGAACGGGGAACUCGUUAGAGGCAAGAGAAAUGAUGAACAUGAGCGAAGAGCAAUGGUGGAGUCCAAAUUCUAUUACUUAUAGCGUACUUAUGCAUGGGUUACGUAGGGAGGGGAAAUUGUCUGAGGCCUGUGAUGUGGUUAGAGAGAUGAUACUAAAAGGUUUUUUCCCUGGCCCAGUUGAAAUUAACCUUUUGCUUCAGAGUCUUUGCCGGGAUGGGAAAACACACGAGGCCAGAAAAUUCAUGGAGGAGUGUAUGAACAAGGGUUGUGCUAUCAAUGUUGUGAAUUUCACCACGGUGAUUCAUGGUUUUUGUCAGAACGAUGAGGUAGACGCUGCUCUCUCCGUGCUUGAUGACAUGUAUCUGAUCAACAAACACGCAGAUGUCUUCACAUAUACUACUUUAGUUGAUGCAUUGGGGAAAAAAGGUAGAAUAGCAGAAGCAACAGAACUUAUAAAGAAGAUGCUUCAUAAAGGUAUAGAUCCUACUCCUGUUACAUACAGGACAGUCAUUCAUCGAUACUGCCAAAUGGGAAAGAUUGAUGAUCUCGUGGCUAUACUUGAGAAGAUGAUACUGAGGCAGAAAUGCAGGACAAUUUAUAAUCAAGUCAUUGAGAAGCUUUGCGGUUUGGGAAAACUCGAGGAGGCAGACAAACUGUUGGGAAAAGUUCUGAGGACAGCUUCGAGAUCUGAUGCUAAGACUUGUUAUGUACUUAUGGAAGGCUAUCUUAAGAAAGGUUUGCCUCUCUCAGCAUAUAAAGUGGCUUGCCGGAUGUUUAACCGCGAUCUGAUACCUGAUGUCAAGAUGUGUGUGAAGCUAAGCAAGAGACUGGUUCUGGAAGGAAAAGUUGAGGAGGCAGAUCAGCUAAUGCUACGUUUGGUUGAGCGUGGUCAUAUUUCACCCGAGUCCUCGAAACAGUCGAUGGUCUCAUAA